AUGAAUAAAUUAUUGUUUUCCUUUUCUUCUCCUUCUACCUACUGUUACACUCAAUCAACGAUCGUAAAGAAUGUUGUGACACCAAUGUUGGUUAGAUUCUAUAGUAGUAGUACAGCACCAAAGAACAGUAGCAGUAGAACAGCCACCACUGCAACCAACACAACAACGGCAGUGAUUGAAUCGUCACCCGAUGCCAAGCUUCUAUCAGAGAUUACCAAGCAAUCCGAUGUCAACAUUCGAAAGUCUACCUACAAUUCACUCGACACUAUCAUCAAUGGCAAGGAGCUGUUGGAUCGUGGCAACUUUCCAGAGGGCGAGAAACUCAUUGUCCAAGGAUUCAAGAGCAUGAAGAAAAACAUUCACUUUUCCUCUUCAUUGUUUGCCUUUCCUACUCAUGCCAUGGGAUUGGCUAGUCUCAAGAGUGGUCACUAUUCAAACAGUGAAAAACUGUUAAGAUUAUCAAUUGAUAGAUGUGAUAAUAUAAUGUAUCAACACCAUAUGUUACCAAAAGCAUUAAAUGAUUUAGGUCUAACACUUGUAAGACAAAGACGUAGUGAAGAAGCGAUGACACAAUUUGAAACUGCCAACAAAUUAGCACUUCAAAGUCCAAUUUUAGAACAAUCAAACAUUUCAGCUUCAAUUUUAACAAAUCAAGCAGAAUUAUAUAAAUCACGUUGCAUGUAUAAUGAUGCAAAAUUAUUCCAUGGAAUGGCACACUAUCAAUUGGUACAAAGUGGUCGUGGCAAUGAUAAUAUCGAUAUGUUUAGAUGCCAAAUGAAUCGUGCACAAAUCUUUAGAUUGUCGAACCAAAUCCAAGAAGGCAAGUCCUUCCUCAGCGAGGCAUAUGCCACUUUAAAAUCUGUCGAGGGCAAUGACGAUAAAUACCAACCAUUGGCACUCAGACGUUCACUCCCCAGUCCCGUCAAAGAAAAAAGACUUUUGGAUUGGGCAAAGUUUUUGGUUGAAUGUGGUCAUUUUCAUUUUGAUGAACAAAACUUUAAAUUAGCAAAAAAAUCAUGGACAGAUGCUCGUGAAAUAUUUCAACAGUUGAAAACACCACUUACACCAGACGCGAUGAUCAACUCUAUCAAUAUGAGCAUACUUGAAAGAUUAAAACCAACCGAACCCAACCCACAGGAAUAUGUAACUUCUCUUCUUGAAGGAAUCGAUCCAACCAACAAGGAAUUAAUGGCAAUGGUAGAAUCUCUUAAAAUUAUUCAUCCUAGUAUCAUUGUAGCCAGAUUAUUAAGUUUCUCCGAUGCUCCAGCACUUGCAUUGUCAUCAAUCAACACUAUUCCACCCCUUCACUUUCCUCUUAGAUAA